AGUCUGUGAUAUAUCGUCUCUGUUUAAGGUGAGUUUGGUCUCAGAAGAAGUAAACAAUACUAGAAAUGGGUCGAACAGAGGCGUUUAUUAGAUUUCGAGAUGAUGUUACAAAGGUGGAGAAAGUAAAAGCAAGCCGGAGCUCGUGAGAGCUUAAACCGGAAAAGUACAAAUAGCAGAGAGAUGAUUGUACGGAUGAUAAACCCUAAUCUCGCCGCUAAGUUUGUGUAGCUAAGUGUCGAUGCCUUUCUCCUUUGCUUUCCUCUCCUUUUAUACUCUGUUCGAUUACCUUAACCUAAACUCUUUUUACUAAUUGGGCUUUGUCGGCCUUUCGGGCCUGAUUAUGAGAUGCUCGCUGAGCCGUUGAGUCGAUCAACCUCGCUCCGCUUGCUCUCUGCUUCGACUAUCAGCGCUCCCUGUCGAGUCGAUCUCUCGAGAAUCGGCUUCUGCGCCGAUGUCGACUCGGUUUGCUGGACUGGGCCCUUUGUUCGAUGGGCUUUGUGGAUGGGUUAAAUCCAUCCCCAACAGUAAGUCCCCCCCCAGUUCAUUGAUGGUCGAGCAAUCGAUCUUUGAUGAAUUUGGUGCCUGUGGUUCGGAGAACAAAAGGUUCAAUCCGAGCAAAUGACAGGUCGUUGGGGAGUCAAUCCGUUCAAUUGAUACUCCUCGAUCGAGGGAAUGGAUUGAUGCGUCCGUUUCUCACGCGUUGCGAUCGUGAGAUAAACGCUUACGGGUCGAGAAUACGGACCGGCGCAUCUGUUGAUCACGCGCCUAAUUGGGUUUAGGCCCACUUAGGCCUUAUUAGGCGUAAUGAUGACGCUUUGAUCCCCGCGCUUAUCUCUCUCUAUAAAUAGCGACCCCCUCUCCACUUCUUUUCAUUUUCCUCCGCAGCGCUAAGGUACUUUCUCUCUCUACGCUCCUUUCUCUCUCUUUAUCUCUGUUUUUAGAUCUGCGAGUAUCCGAGAUGUCGUCAUCUCAUCGUUUGACGCGAGAACAAAAGGGAAAGGGGGCGGUCUCUUCUCGGGACUCCGGCGAUAUCCAUCACGAAGCGAUGAUGGAUACGGGGAAUAUGGAUUUAUCGCAGCGUCUCUUGGUCUCGGAAGCGAGAGAACAGUUCCGGGGUGACGACGACGGUCAAGAAGCGGUCGACGCCUCGAUUGUCCCGAUCAGCUACUACCCUGGGAACAUCUUUGCUGAGGAGAGCCCCCUGGAGGUUUGGAGAAUUCGACCUUCGGUCGUCGAUGGACAAAAUUGGUCCAACGUCGAGAGGACGAAGUCUACCGUGGAGUCGGUGGAAGCUCUCCUCCGAGAUCUCAAUGCACAUGGGGUUUCGUUCAUCGUUCCAAAACGGGAUCAGAGGCCUUGGUCGCCUCCGAAGGGAUAUCAAUGCAUUUACGAAUCGUAUUUUCGGAGCGACACGAAGUUGUGGUUUCCAAUUCCCCGAAUUGUCACGGCUUACGCGUUUCGCAGAGGAGUCGCCUUAAGCCAGUUGAUGAACGGUUCUCUUCGGUUAAUGGUCGUUCUAUCGGUGAUCGCGGCUGAGGCAGGGACAUCGAUGAGUGUGAGGUCGUUUGAGGAGUUGACUUCAGUCUCAAUUUCCGAUGAUGGGCUCGUCUCGACGAGGAUGCGCCCAAAUUAUAACGUGGUCACGGGGUACCCGACCAAAACCUCAGACUGGCAGCGUUCGUAUUUUUAUGUGAAGUCGAACAGAUCAGCGUUCGAGGAGCCUCCGAAGUCUGGUUAUCGCGUUCUCUGGAAUGCAGAGAUGGUUGGUCAUCCGAAUCUCGCCACUUAUCCCGAGGAUUGGAAGGAGAGUGCUCGGAUCGUUGCGCUGCAGAAGCAAGAUCACUGGGAGGACUUUACUCGGGAGAGAAUUCAAAGAUCCAUAGAUCAAAUUGCUAGUCAACGUUGGAUCUCAAACUUGCUUCCCCUCGUCAAUCAAUCGACUUCGAAGAGACUAUCCCUCUUUACUCAAGCUGAGCAGAAAGAGAUCAACCGAGCCAAGACAAUGAAGCAAUUGCCCGACCUUAGCCUUAUUGUGGCUGAAAAGAUAGGCGCCAAGCGAGGCGCUUCUGGGAGCAGGGUUGGCCCUUCGGGGUUGGAAGCGGUAGAGGCGACCCCAAUUGCUGCUGAGCAAACGCGUACUGGUGGCUCCUCGAAGAAAAGCAAGAAAAAGGCCGAGGGUCCGAAGGAAUCUUCUGAGCCCGGGCAAACUGGGGCAGACGGUUCCUCUAAAAAAGGGGGGAAGAAACGGAAAGCCGGAGAUUUGCCCGCCGAGGACGCUCCUAAGAAGAAAAAGAUGAAGAAGAAAGAAUUGGCUAUGCCCCGCUCAUCCUCGGUCUGCGAAGAGGAACUUCAGGCUCUAGUUCCUGAAGCUAUCCCUGAGGUUGGGACCUCGGAGGAUGAUGAGAAUGAGACUAUCGCCCUCCGCCGACGGAGACGGGAGAGUCGAGUCACCGAGGAGGUAUCCCGUGGAACCUUGGCCGGUGAUCUACCUUCUACUGAGGUUCCGAGGGGAAUAUCGACUUUGGGAGGACAGCGGGACCGCUCGAGGAAUGAGUCCCCUGCUCAUGUCACGGAGGGAUCUGAGACCCGAGUAUCCGGUCGCCCUAAGGAAACCCCGGCAGAUGAGUUCAGAUUCGAGUUUAACCGUGAGCUUCCGCUGGCUUGCUACCCGGAAGAUUGUGCUCGCCUGUUACGGUUGGUCAAAGGCGGUCCCGAUCAACUCCCUUCAGUGGGAGAUCUCAUCUUCAAAGAUGAGUAUGAGCACGCCUCUUGCUCGUCUGUAAAGAGCCACGGCGACUGGAAUGUUCUGGUCGGGAAGUAUGACACAGCCCUUAGGCGGGCCAGAGAGCAGAUCCGUGAGAGCGAAGAAGCCAAGAAGAAAGCGGAGGAGGCUCUUCGGGUGUCUUCGCGGGAAAAGGCUGAAGCCAUUGCUCGGGAGAAAUCUCUCAGGAAAGCGUUUGACGAGACGCGAACGUCUGAUGCGGCUGAACUGCAGAUGUGUAAGGAGGCGAUGAACAAUCUCGAGUUCGUGGUGGAUAAGCAGCGGAAGGAAAAGGCUGAUCUAGAGGCAAAAAUGGCUGCGGAAUUGCUAAGGCAUUCCGAGGAGAUGGACAGGCUUCGGAAAUCUCGUAAAUACGAGGUCACGCACGAGAGGGUUCGCGUGCUGAUUGCCAUGAUCGCUAAAGCCGAGAAACGCUUUCAUAGGAUUUCCCUUCGUGAAGACAAAAGGGACAAAUACGACGAUGCUCGGUGUCUCUAUAGUCAAGCCUUCGGGACGAGGAAAUGUCUCGAGCAAAUCAAGGCCUCUGGUGUUGAGAUCCCGCAGGAAACCAUCGACUUCUUCAUCGGGCAAGAGAAGCACUACGAGGAAGAAGCAGAGCGUUUGGAGGUAAAGGAGAUUCCGGCGGAAGAUCUUUGCCUUUCUCCGCUAGUGUUGGAGUCUCGAUUUUUGAUCGAGGAAAUUUGGCGUCAGCUUGACCCGUUUGGGUCGAAUAUUAAUCUGAUCGAUUCGGAGGCCGCUAUUGCUCUGCGUACUCCUCUUCGUCCUGAAGAUCCGGUGGAGAAGCCCGCUCAAACUGCUGUAUCUUCCAACCAACCCACCGAUCAAGAUGCUGAUCUCGCGAAGCAGACAUCGGCGGGAGCGGUUGUUCACAAGGACGGGGCAGUGCCGACCAUUGUGCUAACAGAUUCCCCCGCUAAGGCGUCGAAGAAUGCCAGCUCAUCUGCUUCCUCGUCGGAAGACCCGGAGAAGGGUGACGAUGAUCCCGCGGGGAUGCCUAUUGCGGACGCGACUGCUCCAGCCCCAGCCAAAUUUGGUCGCAUCUCGGGUCCCGGAGAAAAAGACGGUGAUGGUGGCAAGAACCUUCCCGCUGGUGACGAAUAGGGCUAUCUGGUCGAGGACCUUCUCUUCCUGUUGUAAUUUCGCAGUUUGCUUUUUAGUAGACUUUUUCUCCUUAUGUUGUGCUUUGGUCUCGUUGAGACCUUUGAACCUUUAUGUACCGUUGGCCCAUAUGGGUCUUGUUGUUCGAUACUCGGGAUGUUUUUCCCCUUUUUUUUUAAAGGCUUUUAUCAAA